AUGAGCUCCCGAUCGUCACGGGCCCCGAAGCGGCAGAAGGUCGAAGAGGAGCACUCAGGCGGCUACGACUACAGCUAUGCCGCUGCGGGAUACUCGUUCCCUGGGUACAGCUACCAAUGGCCUGCGACCCAGCCCAACCCCUACGCGCUGCCAGCUGCUUACAGCUAUGCUGCCACUUACGGCUACAGCAGUGCCUACUAUGCCGCAGCGGCGGCGGCGGCCGCGGUGCAGUCGGGCAUAGGUGAUGAGGAGACUGAGUCAGCAGUGGGGAAGAAGGGGGACUAUGAGAACCUGCUACAGGAGCUCAAGGCCAAGCAGGCUGCCCGUGCCGCCGGAGACUGCCAGCAAGAGGUGCAG